AUGGUAUUCAAAACAACUAUUAUCGCAACCACUGUUGCUGGCUUGAUGGCCUUGUGCAACUUGCAGCUGGCUGUAGCUGAGCCCGUGAAGGCCAGAGCUCUCGCAGAAAGAGCUGCCCCUCGCCCCAAUUACUAUGAUCUGUAUGCCAACGAACCCGAAGAAGAUGACGACUUCGAACUCGUUGAUGAAGACGAUACAGUUCUUGACUCUCGCAGCCUCGACAAGCGUGACUCUUUUUUGACCAAGCGCAAUGCCUCUUGCUCCAAGACAUAUAAAGUCAAGGAUGUGGACAACUGCAUUAAGGUUGCCAAAAAAUUCGGUCUUUCCUUGACCGAAUUCUAUGCUCUUAACCCCAGUGUCAACAAGCAUUGCUCCAACCUUCUCACCGGAAAAUCCUACUGUGUUGCUAAGAGUGCACCUGCUGUGACUUGUACCGCUGAGCAUUCAGUUUCUGGCUCUGACAAUUGUAUCUCUGUUGCGAAGAAAUACGGUAUUACUCUCAGCGAAUUCUAUGAAUGGAACCCCAAGGUCCACAGAGGAACCUGCGAUAAUCUUGAUAACGGAAAGAAAUACUGUGUCGCUGUCAGUGGUUCUUCUAAGGCUGUCCAGGCAUUUGGCAUUGUUAGUAAGCCUACAUCUUCCAAGAAGUCUCGCCAUGCUCAACAUACUAGAGCUAAGAAAGUUGCCAAGGUGACUCCUACUACCACUACUGAGGAGGCUAAGCCUACUGUUGCUAGCCAUGAUAAUUCCGGUCUCCUCGGUUCUAAGAAGACCGUCCAGCACUCUAAGGAACAACGCAAGUUGCUUCAAAAGUCUAGUGCAUUCACCUACUACUGGAUUGCCCAUUCCAAGGACUACAGCGGCGGCAAGAUGGUCGAAGUCAAGACCUGUGCUGGAAAGACCAUCGCCAAGGUUCAGCAAUCAUACGCUGAUGCUCUCGUCAUGGAAGGAACUGGCCAAGUUGGCAACAAGGUUAUUAAUCUCGGUGGCUGCUCCUGCAACGGUUACAAGUGCUUUGAAGUUCUCGACAAAAGCAGCGACCCAUAUGGCUUGACUGCUUACGACACUGCUUUGAGACCUUACAUUACCAUCGCUUCCAACGAUCUUCCCAAGCAUAGCAAGAUCUAUGUUCCAUCCCUUGUUGGCUGGAAGCUUCCCGGUGCCAAAUAUCCCCACAAUGGUUGUCUCCUUGUUGAUGAUCAAAGCUGGAGUUUCAACGGUCGUCACAUUGACUUUUAUGUCUACUCCAUGGACAACUACAACACUCUCAACCAUGCCAAUCCUUUGACUAAGGUCGACAUCUACGAAGGUGGCAGUUGCAAGCUUCUUAAUUACGUGUAA